UGAGGGGGCGAUGUAGGCGGAGCUCCGCGGUUUCAGCCGGCCGGGACCUUCUUCGUCCAGAAUCUCUUUGACGCCAAACACCAUCAGCGCCGGAAGUGUUGCUGCUCCAGCCCAGCUGAUGGAUAGUUUGUGAGUUUCUGACCAUUCUGCCAAACAUGGAGCAAGUAUUCUUACGGUUCGACUCGUACAACUUCGAAGGUGACCAGCGGUUCGUGGACGGUCUGAAGACUUUACAGUCGGAGGGGAACAGGGACGCGACCGAGCUGCUCAACCUGAAACUGUUCUUUUAUAACAGGUUUGUUGAGCCCAUAGACCGGAGCUGCUACCACAAGUGGAGCUCUUCUUCCUCUCAUGCGACGCCAGCGAGUGUUGCCUCUGGGCAGCAGAACCUGAGGACGCUGCCCUGUUCAGAAUCUGAUACAGAUAAAAAACACACCACAGAGACAGGCACAGACUCUGAGAUGAAGCAGAUUUCCUUUGCGGAGGUGAUGCGGCUGGUUCAGGAGGGAAAGGAAGUGCCAUGAGUGACAAAACUGGACAUACAACCCAGCAACCAGAGUCCCACUCCUUCUCGAAUGGAGCGGCUACUCAAACCCUGGGAGUCUUAGGACACCUUAUGCCCAAUAUGUGGAUUGAACAUAUUAGUUUUGUAAUAAAUGGCCUGUGGAUUUUGAUCCAAAUGAAAGAUGUUUGUUGUUACAGUGAGACAGAGUAUAAGACAAAAGAAAACAUCAAAACUGUCCAUCAGUAACAAGGUUUUCCCAAAUUUCCCAAACAAGUCUUCAUAGCGGAAAUCAAUAGAUUAUGAAGAAUCUAAUUAAUUUCCAGAAAGCAAAUUACAUUAAAGUUUAUCAAAAGAUUCCUGAUCUAUUAGAUGGAGAGGCAUCAUGGUGCAUCCAUAAUAUAAAUAAACAUAUAUUCACCUGGUGGUCUAUGUGGAACAGGAAUUAUUCUUACUGAUCAUCUCUUGUUUGGCUCAGAGAGCAUAUGUUGAGUGGGAAAAAUACAAUUGAUCCUCAACUGUUAGGCUUUACUGAAAACUUCAGUGACACAAUCUAGGGUC